AUGUUCAUCAAACAGGAGAACUACUCCGGAUACCUAGUCGAAACAAAGCAAUGCCGAAUACCUAAUAUCGACCCAUUCGAUCCAUCUAUUGCAAUGUACCUACGUGUAACCAUCUGGCAGCCAUGCCCGAGCAGGCAGUCUUUGACCUAUCAAAAUGGCGACGUACUGCGCCUCAACCGGACGUUGAUUGAAUACUACCAUGGAAAUCACUUCAAAAUCUGCAAGUAUUAUCCCAUUGUGCGCGACAGUGUCAAUGACGACACGUUCCACAUUCUAAACGCGGGCGUAGACUUUAAUAACGACGUCGCUGUGAAAUACCAGUUCAUAAAAGUAGUAUGCUUCGACACAAGUAACAUAGUCAUCUAUACGAACUAUCACGCUUACGUGUUGCACGCGAACAUCACCCAGCCAAAGCGACUGACGAAAGUAGACAAAAUUCGUCAAGUGCUAAGCAAAAAUUCGGCUCAGCUGAAAUCGACGACGUUGAAUAAAACGUCUUUGCUUACAACCGUGCCAACAACGACAGUUCGUCCACAAAGGACAGUGCCAGAGGUCAAAGUUAAGCUUAAUGUUCUAUUGGUCGGCGUUGAUUCAAUGUCACGUCUAAAUUUCAUGCGACAAAUGCCUCGAACCCGUUCUUACUUACUGGAAAAUAUGGGAGCCUUUGAUAUGUCGGGCUAUAACAAAGUGGCUGAUAACACAUUUGUAAAUUUGGUCCCAAUCCUGGUUGGGAAAUACGUUGAAGACCUUCCUUGGAAUGAGACACUGAGUAAACAGCCGUUUGAUAAAUACGAAUUCAUGUGGGAUCGUUAUAAGGAAUAUGGCUUUGCCACACUUUUCGCAGAAGAUGCUCCAGGCAUGGCAGCUUUUAACUAUGCAAAAUCCGGCUUUCACAAGCAACCAACUGAUCAUUAUUAUCGACCGUUUGCUCUUGCCGUUGAGGCUGACCCCGAAGUCCGGUCUGCUGAUUCCCACUGCAUCCGCGAUCGAAUGGAAGCAGAAAUGCUUCUACAAUACACUUACGAUUUUGCCCGGGUGUACGAAAAAGAUCAGUAUUUCGGUCUGACAUUUAUAAGUCGUUUAACGCACGAUGACAUCAACAAUGCGGGUCGCGGUGAUUUAGUCUACUUAAAGUUUUUCCAAAAGCUUCACGAAGAUAACCUAUUGAAAAACACCAUCUUAUUCUUCUUUUCCGAUCAUGGAAUACGCUUCGGGAACUUCCGGAAAACCUACAUUGGGAAGAUCGAAGAACGACUUCCGUUCAUGUUCAUCGUGCCGCCGUCUUCGUUGAUUCGACGCUAUCCGAAUCUGUGGGGCAAUAUGAAAGUUAACACCCACCGACUGACCACACCUUUUGAUAUUUAUGAAACUCUUCUGGCAUCACUUGAUAUCGACACGGCUGCUAAAAAUGUCGAUAAGCAAAUCGCAAAUGGUUUCCCGAAGAGAAAGCAAACCAGGUACAGUCUAUUCACACGCGUGCCUUAUGAAAGGACUUGUGAGGAUGCGACGAUUCUGACUCAUUGGUGUUCAUGUCAUCAGUUGACCCAAAUCGACGUCAAUGACGGGAAAAUAAUCCGCGCCGCCGAGGAUCUUGUUAAAAAGUUGAACCAGUUACUGUACAAGUUAAGAGAAAAGUGUGUUAUCCUAAAACUGAACAAAAUUCUGGACGCUUCCCUGAUUGGAGCAAAUGACGAACUACUUCGCUUUCAAGACAGUGUUAACGACGUUAUCGAUCGGCAAGUAUAUUUUGGCAAGCAGGCCGAAUCAACAAAAACUGAUUACCAGCUGACAAUUGAAACAACACCAGGACUUGCUCACUUCGAGGCUUCACUCAGACACGAGGAGGGCACAGAUAUAUACACCCUUUUGGGAGAUAUAAGCCGCACUAAUCUGAUAGGGCGUCAAGCAGAUUGUAUAGACAAUGCAAAAUUACAAAAAUAUUGUUGUUGUCACGAGAAAAAUGAUUAA